UCUUCUUGAUGCUUCCGGCAAGUUAAACGCGGACGAUCGAUUGAAGACAAAGACACCCAGCCCGAAAGAGACGCAGCAUCAGAAGAACUUGUCGGGGUAUAAUGAUAUUCGUGGCCGCUGCUCUUGGGGUCCUCGUGCUUUUGGAGAUGGAACGAAAGACCACGACGAUUCCUCCAAUCCGUACGAGGCCAUCCAGUACGAUAGAGAUUUUCUGGACAACGACAGCAACACAGACGACCCUGGUGGCACGACCAGCGUUUCUUCACCUUGCCGGCCGCAUGAAAUA